CCAAGUUUCAACUCAGUCGAUCGGAUUGGCAAGGUCCCACGGCGCCCUCUAUGUUGUUAGCGACACGACAGCUCAAGCAACUCGGUAUUUUAGUAGAAGAUUGUCGUUGUCCCUACAAGAACCUUUUGCACUCCAGCUUUCAAUGCCUUCCGUGUCACAGGAGUGCCUCAAUGCCCUCGCCUCCCGGGUCAAAUCUUCACUCAAGCUCUUGCGCACGCUCAAAGUUCAACAGGCUGCUGCGCAGAGCACCAUCUCCAUGCUCAAGUCGAAGGUUUCCUCGCUCGGGUCACUCGCCCAGGCAUCCUAGACCGUGUCACCGCCAAGAUCCUGUGCAUGCCUGACGCCACUCUUGCCCUCUCGACCCGCUCGAGCGUCGAACCUAACCCUCGAUCCCGCCUGCGCACGCUCGGUUCUCUUCAGUACAUGCAUCCAUUUGCCUGCGACCCAAAUUUAUAUGCACAUCAUGCCACACGCGCUCUAGUGUGUUGACGAGGAGGGUGAGUAACAGCUGGCAACAAAGACAUGAACUAGGGAGAGGGAGGCCGAGCGUCACCAAGCCAGUUCUGCCUUUGUGCCCAUGCGUGAACGUGCGACCCCUCAACGCCAUGCACCCGCCUUUGCAUGCUAUCCCCGUUCAUCCGCGCGCUUCCCCUUGUCCCGUCAAGCCCAAGUUAGACUCAUCUAGCCCACGCCCGUCCGCCACCGAAUGCCCUCGAUCCCUUUCAUCCCUUGAGCUCACGCAUCCGCCUUCGCCUGCGACCCAGAUCCGACCCAGAUCCGCUUCCGCAUGACUCAUCCAGCUCGCGCGCGCGUGCACGCACAACCUCUCGACGGCCCCUCGACCACUCCUCCCUCGUCCUGGAUCGUUGCCAAAACCAAAGGCACACUCGACCCCGUGCACGCUUGACCCCUCAUCCCCUCAUCCUCGUCGCCCUCGUCCUCUCGAGUUUGCGCACACUCGAUCUCACAUUCGUCAACAGUCCCAUCCUCGACCUAACCUAACUGGCUGGUAGCGUAGGAAGAAGAGGACCGGCAGCGGCGGUGGCGGCUGAGAGACGGGCUGGGAACAUGGAUGGGCGUGGAGGACGAGGAUAUCUAUGGGGAGAUGCACGCUCGCUGACCAGGACAAGCGUCAUGAAGCCCACGCACCCCACGUUUCCGGCCGUGCAUCCCUUCGACCCCACAUACGCACACUCAUAUCUGUGAACACAAGCACGCCCACCACCCAGUGUCCUCGCAACCAUUCCGCCCGCCUGUCCGCUCAACCCGAUGAAGCUGCGAUUCCGCCCCCAAUUUCGCCCGCGCAUAUUCGUCCCCUUCAGCGCACGCACCACCUGGGAUCCAAAUGCUUGAGCACGCUGCCCCUCGACCUCCUGGGCCAUCAAAGUUCACGCUUGUGCCCUCAUGCCCAAGCGCUCACGCGCGUCCCCUCGACACCACGCAAGGUUGCCCCCUCAUUCUCCCUCCCUCGACCUGCGUCACCACUGAGACCCCGCGGUCCAACAACAGUUGGCGUCCCCACACUGUCGCCGUCCCUCCACCGCGUCGACGAGGAGGUCAAGGAGCAGCUGGUGGCGGAGGAAUGA